AUGGAGUCCUCUAUCGAUCCAUUAUUAAAAAAUAGAACCAUUUUCUCAACUACCAAACCAGAUAUACCAACACUUAACAAUGGAGUUAAACCACAUAAUUACCAAAUAGAAGCUUUUUAUGAAUGUAUUAAAAGAAAUUCAAUUAUAGUUUUACCGACUGGUACAGGUAAAACUUUAAUUUCAAUUUUGGCCCUUUUAGAAAUGCAUAGAUUAAACUAUCCAAUUAAUAAUAAAGUUGCGUUAUUCUUGGUUAGCUCUGUGCACUUGGUUAAACAACAAGCAGAAUCAAUAGAACAAUAUACAAAACUUAGGGUAAUUACAAUGAGCAGUAAUACUUCAAACAAAAUCGAAAGAAGACAAUUUUUAGGGAAAAAGGAAUCAUACGACGUUUUAGUUGCAACACCACAAACUGUUAUCAAUUCAAUCAAAAAUGGAUUUAUAUUUAUAGAAGAUUUUCAUAUUAUUAUUUUUGAUGAAGUCCAUCAUGCUGUUGGUGAAAGUUCAUACUCGAUGUUAAUGGAUAUCUAUACAUCGGUCAGUGAUGGUGCCGCUAAACCCAGAAUUAUAGGUCUCACCGCUUCAAUCUCACAUAGUUCUGUUAUUUUCGAUGUAGAGAAUGCCAUAACCGAAAUUGGACAAUUAGAAAAACGUAUGUGCUCCUCUGUAUUUAGACCAACCAGUUUAGAACAUGACUUUAUCAGUAAACCUGAGAUUAUAGAGUAUACCAAUUCCGAUCAACAGCAAUCCAUUUUCGAAACGAUUUCACUAUAUUUAGUUAAGGAAAUUAAUGCAGUAAAGGGAAGCUACGACGAUUUAAUCUUUGAAGACAUUAGAUCAAAUAAAUUUUUAAAAUCUCUCAAGAUCUUUUUAUUAUUUUCAAAACAGAAUAAUAAGCCACAAGAGUAUCUAGAUAAAAUUACAAAUCUUAUCAACAUAUAUUCAGACUAUAUCACAUUAGAUAUUGAAGGUUCGAAAACAUUUUUAUCAUUACCAUCGAUCAAUCAAAACCUAAAGGAUGAAAUUGAAAAAAGUUUUGAAUUAAACCAGAAUAUUAAUAAACCUGUCGAAUUAGAAAUAUUUUCAAAUAAAAUCACAUGCUUAUUAAAUAUUUUAAAAACCAAAAUUAAUUUAUUAGAUCAAGAAGAAAAAGAAAAUCAAGAUAGUAAUAAUAACAUUACAGAAAAUAAUAUAGAUAAUAAUAAUAAUAACAAAAAUGGUAAAUCAAAAAAAAAACUUAAAUUAAAUUGUAUUAUAUUUGUCGAAACAAGAACAAUUGGUAAAAGAUUAAUAAAUUUAUUAAGAAAAGAUGAAAUUAUAAACACAUAUAAACCAAAGAUGAUAUUUGGAACAGCUGGCGAAGAUGGUAUGACAAUAAGAAAACAAAUUAAAAGAGUUGAUGACUUCAAGAAUGGAUCAUGUGAAAUUUUAAUUGCCACCAAUGUCUUGGAAGAAGGUAUAGAUAUUCCAGAAUGUAAACUAGUAAUUUGUUUUGAUAGUAUAUAUAGUGUCAGAUCCUUAAUUCAACGUCGUGGUAGAGAGCGUACUCAAACCAAUUUCAUUGCAAUGAUAAACUCAAAGGACAAGUCGCGUAUCGAGAGAGUUAUGAAUAGCGAACUUUUAAUGACUAGAGCAAUCAUCCAAAUUUUAGAAAAUCGAAAUUCACCAUCCCUAUUAAUUAAAAAUAAUGAAGGUGAUAACCAAGAGAUUGAAGAUACUAAGAUUAGAUCGUUCAUUGAAGAUCCAAAUACAACUUUAAAAGAACAUUUGGAGGAAUUUGAUCUCAAGGCCAACAUCGGUGAUAAUGAUACCGAUCAAAUUAACACAAAAGAGUUUUUAUUCUUUUAUUGCGUCAAUCAAGAUAUGAUAGAGUCAUUUAAAACUUAUAUCAAGGGAUAUAAUAGGGUUAUUCGAGAACAAUAUCAAGAAGAAAAGAAAAAGAACAGCGGUUUUUCAGAUUCGGGCUCAAAUUCUGAUUUAGAUUCAAAUUCCAAUUCUGAAAUUCCAGAAUUUUCGGACUCUGAUUCAGAAAUUUCAGAGUUUUCAGAUUCAGAUGUCCCAAGUGAUUCGGACUCUGAUACAGAAUUAAAUAAUAAAAAAAUUAAUAAUAAUUAUAAUUAUAAUAAUAAUUAUAAUAAUAAUAAUAAUAAUAAUAAUAAUAAUAAUGAAAGCAAUAACAAUAUAAACGACAUUGAUAAUGACGAUGAAGAUAAUGACGAUGAAAAUUUAAAUUUUAGAGUUUUAUCAGUUGAAACAAACAAAAAUAAUACAAAUGAACCAUAUUUAUCAAUUUAUAUAACAGUUUUAAUAAGAGUAUUAAAAUCAAAAAAAGAUGACUUGGUUAAUGAUUUUAAAAACUAUGUAAACAAAAAAUUUAGAUAUUGGUUAUACUGCUCAAAUAUAAAUCAAAUGGCGUUAAACCAAUCAGAUAUUAACAAUACAUACAGAUUUUCAAAUGAUAAAAAAGGCAAUAGUUAUUUUGAAUACGGCAAUUUAAUAGAACCAACAUCAUUCUUAUAUGUAGAUAAAUUCCCUAGUGCAAUGGAAACCAUAGUACUACAACCAAACAAAAUAGUCAUAAAGAGUUCAAUAACGAAUUUCAAUUUGGAAAUGCAGCUUAACGAUUUAGAAACCUAUUGUCUAUUCAAGCCUCCAAAGUUUAUACCAUCAUCUGAUCAAACCUCCUAUCAGUAUGAAUUUUAUUUCUUUGCAAUUAGACCACUUAUGAUAAAGAAAUGUAUCUUUAAAGCUCAAAACAAAACCUAUAAUGACUGUGUUAUGUCAAGAAAUAUAAGUUUAGGAAAGAGUUUUGUAUACAGAAUAAAACUAAACUUAAACCAAAGAGAUAUUCAACAUUUUAUUUCCCAAUUAAGAUAUCUUGGUUUCAAAUUGUAUCAAGCCCACAUUCAAGACAGCCACUUAAUACCAGAAAACUUUAAAUUGAACUUUGAUAGCAUAAAAAAACGUUCAAAAGAAAUCUACUACUUGUUAAAUUGUAUUGACUCCCAAAGAUCCUAUGGUAAAAUGUUAACCCAAAGCUUUAUUGAUCAAAUUGGCCAAUUUCUUGCUAGGAAUAAAAUUAAACAAGCUCGUUAUAUCAUAAGUCAAGCACUCUCAAACAAAACCAAAUUCUUUGACUAUACAAAUUUGUUCAAAAGAAUCGAUCAAGAUAGCGAUAACAAUCCAAAGAGUGAUUUAUUCGAUGAUUUUCAAUUGAAAGGUGAUGACCUUUUUAUUCCAGUUAAAGAAGUAUUUGUUACACCAACGAGAAUCGUAUUGGUACCACCGCGUUUAACCUCUGGAAAUAGAGUAAUUCGUAGCUUUGGUAAUGAUCCAUCAAGAUUUUUAUUAUACAACUUUACAGAUGAAAAUUUUGAACCAUUUUUAGGUCUUAAUAAGAGUCAUCCAUUAAUUUUAGAUGGUCAAUCUAAACAUUUAAAAAAUGGUCUCGAAAUCAUACCAUUGUCUGGUGAAUAUUAUCGUUAUAUUGGUAAUAGUCAAUCACAAUCAAAAAAGUAUUCUGCUUGGUUUUAUUUAGAAGAUCCAAAGUAUAAAAUUGAAGAUGCUUUCAAAUGGAGUGGGAUCGAUACUAGUAUCCCAAUGAGAAAAGUUUACAGACAAUUUUGUUUAUUAUUUUCAAGUACAUCCAAAUCAAUUGUUAUCGAUAAAAGUAAAUAUAAAACCAUCGACGAUGUUUACGAUUCAACUGGUGCUCAUAAUUUCACUGAAGGCUGCGGUAUAAUUGGUAAAUAUUUAGUGGAUGCUAUCAACAAGAAAAUGAACUAUCAUCCAUGCACCUGCGCUUACCAAAUUAGAAUUGGUGGCUCUAAAGGUGUUGUAGUAUUAAAUGAUACUGACUCUAUAUCAUUGGGUAAUGGUAAAAGUAUCCCAAUGGAUCCAACCUGCAUUUACAUUCGUGAAAGUAUGACCAAAUUUAUGAAAGAUCCAUCAGAUGAUGAAACUCAUCGUACAUUAGAAAUUAUUUCAGUUUCAACAACAUCAAGAUGCAAACUCAACCGUCAAGCCAUCAACCUAUUAUUAAAUGCUGGUACAGAAGAGUCCUCAAUUCUUUCAUUUUUAGAUAAAUCAUUAAAUGAAAAUGCCCAAACUCUAGUAGAUAUUGGCUUAUCCAAAGACCUUUUAAAUGAAUUUUAUCCCAAUAUUAGCGAAUAUGAGCUUUUCAACGACUACUAUAUUAGAACCAUUGUAUUAAAGCAUUUUAAAACCAAAUUAUUACGUAUUCAAGAUAAAUGCCACAUCGAAGUUGAAGAUAGUAGAAAUGUAUUAGGUGUUACUGAUUUUAGUGGAAAACUCGGUCCAAACCAAGUUUAUUUAGAAGUUGCCGAUUUUGAUGAUAACAACAAUAUUAUAAGAUCAAAGGUUAUUACUGGUAGAGUUGCUGUCUUAAAAAACCCAUGUCAUCACCCAGGCGAUAUUAGAAUUUUAGAGGCAGUCGAUAUUCCAUUACUUCAUGGUAAAAGAAAUAUUUUAUUCUUUUCAAUCAAUGGGGAAGUACCAAACUUUAAAGAAUGCUCCGGUAGUGAUUUAGAUGGUGACCGUUAUUUUAUCGUAUAUGACAAUGUUUUAAUUAACGAUAAAAUGAAAAACUCAGAUCCAUACCUUGGUGAAAGUGUUGCCGCUACUGUAGGUGGGGAAGGUGAGGGUCUUCAUGAUGUUUAUCUUUUCAAUAUCGAUAAAACCAAUUUAGGUAAACUCUCAAAUAAACAUUUAAUAAUAUCUGAUUUGGAAGGGGUUGACAGUGAAAUCGCAAUCGAUUUGGCAAUCCAAUGUGCUAUUGAAGUAGACUCUGUUAAAACCAAUAAACAUGGCGUAUUACCAGCCAACGCGAAAGCUGCUAUGAACAAAUGCGGUAUCCCUCAUUUUAUGGCAUCUACGACUCUUGGAACAACAAAUAUUUACCACAGCGAUAAAGUCAUUGGUCAAAUUUAUGAUAGCGCAAGUCGUUUAAUGUGGUUUGGUGACUUUUUACCUGAAAUAAAAGUUGAUGAAAAUAUGCUAGUAGAUGGUUACAAGAACUAUAUAGAUCAAAAGAAUUUGAUCACUUAUAGGUUAUAUAAAACAAGAAUUAAUAAUUUAUUACGUAUUUAUGGCUCAAACUCCGAAGAAGAUUUACUUUUAGGUUUUGUAGAUCCCAAACUCGUGGAAAAAUGGACAAAUGAUGUAAAAAGACAAAUUAAAGAAAAAUAUUUCAAAAUUCAAGAUGAAUUUUAUCAAUAUUUUAUUGAAGAAUUUAUUAAAAAUACUAAACCACAACCACAACCACAACCACAACAACAACAACAACAACCACAGAAAAUGGUUCAAGAACCAUUACAACAACAACCAGUACAGCAACAACCAGUUUAUCUCAAUGGCCCAAGAGCACAAAAUAGAAGUGGUCCACCAAGGAGUAGAAUUAGCCCACAGAAAAUUAAACAAACACCCCCAACCCCAAAUUCAGCCAAUUCGAAAUAUAACUUGGAUGUUACAGAUUUAUUAAAUCAAUGUUCAAAAGAAAUUGAAAAGAAAAUUUCAGCAUGGUACUACAUUUGCUAUAGCGAUCCAGAGGAAAAUAGAACCUUGAGUUUCAGUAGAGUGGCUCAAAAAUUAAAGAAAGAAGCUGAAAGUGGUCUUUCAAAAAGUAACAAGAAACCAUUAAGCGAUAGUAUAAAACAAUUCACAAAAAGAAAAAAAGAAGAAUUGGAUCAAAACUUUAAAACCAGAUUAGAACUAUUAUCCGAAAUCCAAAAUACAUUAAAGGGAACAAUCUUUGAUACCGUUUACAAAUUUGAAAUCACCGGGACAACACUCAACUAUUUUUUCGAUUCGAAAUCAAAUUUAAAUGUUUUCAUUUCUGAAAAGGUUGGAGAUGCUCAACCAAAAGAUAAAUUUGAAAAACAAUAUGUUUUAACUAGGUUAAAUGAAGAGUUAUAUAGAAGCAAGUUAGACAUUAGAGGAUUGGCAUUAAAUUUAAAUAAUUUAACAUUAGAUUUUAUUUAUAAACAUCUUCAUUUCCAAUUCACUACAGACCAAACAUAUCAUCAGCAAAAUUUAGCAAUUAAUAACUAUAUUUUCAAAUAUCCAAUGCUAUAUUCACCAAUAUUAGUAAUGUUAGAAUGGGCCCAAAAAAUUUCAUUAACCCACCAAACUGACAAUGAUUCUGUAACCAACCAAACUGACGAUGAUACCCACUCAAAUCAAAAUAAAAUAAAACCAAAAGAAGAAAACUAUACAGCAUUCAAAACUUCAAAAUUGUUUUUAAUGACUCUAUUCAUUAGAUAUUGUAUUGAUAAUGAAUUAAUUAAAGAAAUAUCUCAGUUCGAUCCAAACGCCAAAAACGACUAUAAUCAAUUUUUUAUUGAAACUGACCAAAUCUAUAGUGAUAUCUUUUUAAAUUUCUUUAGAAUAUCCUCAGACUCUCUCCUCCAAUAUAUAUAUAACCUCAAGCAAUUCAAAUUGGAUAAGUUUAAUUUUAUUAUCAAAACCGAUAAAGAUGAAAAGGAAAAUGGAAUGGAUCAAAUUAAUACAAUACCAGCAAAUAAUAAUAUUAACAUUUCCAAUAAUAACUACACUAUCGAUGAAAAAGGAAAACUUUGUUUUUUAGGUGAACAAUUCAGAGUGGCAUACAAUGGUAUUUGUGUGUUGGUGGAUAUUUAUAGAUUCCUCGACAGUUGUUUACAUACAAUGACCAGAUCCAUGUCAAUCCCAACUGUUCAAAUAGGCAAAUAUCAAGAAAACAAAUUAUCAAUCAAAAGAGAUGUAGAACUUUUAAAUGUAAACAUUCAAUUUAUUGACACCGAAAAGUCACACACAAUCGAAAUUAGUGGUCUACCUUUAAAAAUCCAAAAAGCAAUCGAUAUUAUUAGAAACUAUAUCAAUUAA